ACAUUUUACGUCAGUAUUGAAGUACUACUUGUUGUAGAUGUUGUAGUUUGCAGGCAUAAAAAUUUCGCGAAUUCUUGAUUAUUAAAAGAAUCUAAGCUUGGACAGUGUUAACAGUAUGAUAUAUUAAUGUUAUGGUUUCAAAAAAUAUUAUUAUUGUUUCGAUCAGUGUAAUCUUUAUUAAUAUAGUUCAAUAAGGUGAUUUCUUUCACAAAAACCUAUAACCUUGGUCUUAAAAUGUAUGAUUACAGAGCUAGGCGCCGCGACAUCACUGCUAAUUUCGAUUUAAGUAAUAAUUUGUGAAAAUUUUCAAAAUAAUAUCCAAAAUGUAUUGAAAACAAUGGAUUUUUGGUGAUGCAAAUUGAUGACAAUGAGUGCUCAUAGUGGAUGCAUGGGUUGCAAUGAAGCCUCUGAACAUUUUGAAUCUAAGCAUGAUGUUGAAUGCUCUGAAGGAGAGGACGCUCAGAUCAGGUUGGCGCCACAUGUGCAAGCAUAUUUGGCGCAUAAUAAUUCAACAACCAAUUGCUGUGGCUUUGGUAUACCGAUUGCCUUUGAAAGGGCUGCACCAGGAACAUGGUGGAACCCUAGAUUUGACUCAGAAAUACUCGAAGGGCAGUACCGAAGCAGUUCAUUUAGGCAGAUAAGAUUACGAUUCAGAUUUGCACUUAUAUACAUUUUGAUAUUUUCCAUAACAUGGUUUAUCUACUUUGUGGUUCUUGGCUUGAAUGAUGUGACUGUGAAGUGGCCAUUUUUAUGUUCAAUAUUUGCUGGAGUCCUUUUAAUAACUUCUGUCAUGCUAUUCAUUACCUUCACACAAAUCUAUAAGGUUUAUACAUUUAGAUUGUCUUUGGUAAUGGCACUUGCUCUGUGUACACUGAGCCUGUCCCUGAUUGCCCUCACCACCCAAAUAGAUACUUCGUCUCAGGUUGCAGAUAUCAGCCAAUCAGGUCAUUUUACUAUGUGCAUUGAAAUCCUUUUGAUAAUAUAUACAUUGACCCCACUGCCCCUCUUUGCUUGUGUAUCUAUAGGACUUCUUUAUUCUAUAGCAUUUGAGACAUUAAAUGUGUUUUUGCACUUAUCUGAACAAGAAUGGCAGUAUCCUGGGAUGUUAGUGAGAAUUUUACUUCAUCUCUGUGUUCAUAUUAUUGGUGUACAUAUCUAUCUUAUGACAUUUGUAAGAAUGCGAGGCACAUUUAUGAAAGUAGGGCAAAGUUUAUUGGUGAGAAGACAAUUAGAAAUGGAGAAACAAUUGAAGGAGAAAAUGAUUCAUUCAGUCAUGCCGCCAAAGCUGGCCAGUUGGUUAAUGGAGGAGCAAGUGCAGGAUACAGAAACUUUAUCGAAAAGUCAUGAUCCACUUCAACCCAGAACAUCUCAUCCAGGAGCAUCUGAUAUUAAAUCCUUGUUUAGACCAUUCAACAUGAGCUCUAUGGACAAUGUGAGCAUUUUAUUUGCUGAUAUUGUUGGCUUUACGAAAAUGUCUAGUAACAAAGGGGCUGAAGAAUUAGUAAACAUAUUGAAUGACCUAUUUGAAAAAUUUGAUGAGUUAUGCUUAGUGCAUGGAUGUGAAAAGAUUUCAACUUUAGGAGACUGUUAUUAUUGUGUGUCCGGUUGCCCCGAGCCCAGACCGGAUCACGCAACCUGCUGUGUCGAAAUGGGUCUUGGUAUGAUAGAAGCAAUACAGGAAUUUGAUAGGGAGCGCGGUGAAGGUGUUAACAUGAGAGUAGGAGUUCACACGGGAACCGUCCUAUGCGGGAUAGUCGGGACUCGUAGGUUUAAAUUCGAUGUAUGGAGCAACGAUGUUACAUUAGCAAAUAAAAUGGAGUCUACUGGGAAACCUGGUCGCGUCCACAUAUCGGAAGAAACAAGCCGCUUUCUCGGAGGCUCCUAUGUUUUAGAGGAGGGAGAAGAAGUGUUUGGUCAUAAAACGUAUUUCAUAGAGGGCCGUCAGUUUAGCUCUCCAUACGACCAUGAGAACUGUCUCAGCCCUUCCAAUCCCGUGAACCUACGGCUCAUUAUAUCCCCCGCAGCCUCCCCACAAUCAGUCCUCUCUAUCAGUCAUUCGCCGCUGCCACUUUCCGCUAAGACUAGUGAUGCAUCGAGCGACGAUAAGCCAAACAAACCCGAUGCCAAAUACUCAAGCAAUUUCCUCUCUCCGAGCCCCUUUAAUUUUCGCAAUAAAGCCAGUUCAUUACCCAGUAUAUUGGAUUCCGACACGGAAUUAGACGAUAAGCGGGAUAAAAGAUUUGCUAACGGAAACGAUAACUCAUCGAAAAGUCCAACUUCCAUAGGGAGCUGUGGUAAAUACACGAACAAAAUAAAGCAAUGGAAAGUGCCCAAGUUCUUAAGAAAACACUCCGAUACUCCACUACAUGAAAUGAAAAAACAGAACUUCAGUGAUAAAACCAUACAUUUCGUGGAAUCCGGCGACGCAGCUAUACAAUCUAAUAAUGGUUAUCACAAAGUGCCCAUCGUGAUAGAAUCUCAUGAUGCAAAAUGCGUCAGACCAUUACCUAGCAGCAGUAAGAUAAAUAGCAUUCGAAAUCAAGAAAUGGCAUUAUUCGAAAAGGAAAUUAUUGAUAUUCGCUCGUAUUUGAGUCAGUCUAGAAGUAAUAUGUCACCUUUCGCAAGAAGUAGCAGCUACAGGUCUCAAUAUGGAAGACCUAAUAUAGAGCAGGUACCGGUAAGUCGCGCUCGUAGUUCGACUCUGGCCACCCAAGGUGAACUGAUCCGGCCAAAGGAACGCAAGUUGAAUCUUUCCAUCCCGCCCAACCAAGUGCGGCCGCCGGAUGACAUCGUGAGCUUGUGCCCUUCGGUCAACAGUCGCAAGGAUUCUGGGAUCCGCAGUACGAGCAGGCGAUCUAGUAUACAACAACAGAUUUUCGCGUUAAAUCAUGUUUCGUUGGCAACGUCCCAAGUCGAUAUAAUGCAGCACCGCGUCUCCGGCUACUACACGUCGAGCCAAUCUUCUCUCAACGAUGUGCCAUCUAGAACGAGGCUUCCAGCGCCACUUAACGAACAACAAGUCCAGUCCUUACAGAAACUAAGGAAACAAUCCGAUCUUCAACUAAUAAGAUGCGUUCAAGAUAACGCAAGGUCCGGAAUCAAUUAUUUCGUCCAGCCCCCCCUCAAUAAGCUCACACUGUUCUUCAAACAACCAGAAAUGGAGAGACUUUAUCGGGAUAAGGCGCACAGAAGUGACGACUGCGAAGACUUUCCACCCACACUCACGACCUCGCGAUAUAAUACCGCCCUAGACAUUCUUGUGUCAUUAAUUAUAUUCCUAAUUGUUGCUGCUUCUAUUGUAAUUGUUUACAAAGAAUGGCGAUAUUCAAUAGGCUGGUUUAUUCUGUUUAUAACAAUGGAGACGAUGGCCAUAUCACUAUGCGUAUACAGACACUAUUUAAAAUGGAGGACGAAAAGCGACCCCGAAGAUAUAACAACGACUUUGAGAAGAUCUGUAAAAGUAUUCAGGAGACUAUCAAACUGGUAUCCUUGGCAUUUAUCUGGGAGUUUAUUAAUAAGCCUACCCGUAUUAGCGGUUCUAGUGAAUUUUUCUUGCCAAAACACGACGUUAACUAUUUUAAAAGGCAAACAGUCUUUUUAUGUGUACCUAUUAAAUGUGAGUAUUGUACACUUUUGUAACUUCACACAAAUGAGUUGGCUCGUAAAAAACGCUCUUGUUACGUUAUAUGCGGGUCUUUUCCUAUUCCUUUCGUUAUUAGGUUGCCGCGAAGUUAAUACUCAAUUUUUGAAUUCUGAUAUUAAUUCUACACCUUUAAACCUGAUUGCUCAAAAUAGUUCACUCUUAAAUGUUACUAUGCUGUUAGAUGAAUUGUUUGAAGGUAACAGUACAAAUGUAUUUAACGCUGUUCAACAUGAAAUGCAUUUGCAAGAAUUGUAUUUGGAUGUCGCGUUAUUGUUAAUUUUAGUGUGGUUCUUGAACAGAGAAUUCGAAAUCAGCUAUCGGCUCAGUUUCUAUAGUAACGUGGUAGCAAAUCGCGAUAAACAGCGGGUGCAAAAUAUGAGAAAUCAAGCGGAUUGGUUGUUGCAUAAUAUCAUUCCCCGCCACGUCGCUGAGCAAUUGAAAAACACGGCGAAAUAUUCUGAAAAUCAUAAAGACGUCGCUAUCAUAUUCGCCAGUAUAGUAAACUUUAAUGAAAUGUAUGACGAGUCAUAUUUGAAGGGGAAAGAAUACCUCCGCGUUCUCAAUGAACUAAUAGCCGAUUUCGAUGAACUGUUGGAGAGGCCACAAUUCCAGCACGUUGAGAAAAUCAAAACGAUCGGUAGCACAUUUAUGGCGGCCAGUGGCUUAAAUCCGGACUUGAGGCAAUCUUCACAGUCAUCUCACGAGCAUCUGUAUCAAUUAAUGGAUUUCGCUUUAGAGAUGCAAAAAGUUGUUGACAAUUUUAAUCAAGAUUUACUCGAAUUCGAUUUCAUUCUUCGUAUAGGAUAUAAUUUUGGCGAUGUGACGGCGGGUGUUAUUGGAACAACAAAAUUGUAUUACGAUAUCUGGGGAGACGCUGUGAAUAUGGCUUCUCGGAUGGAUUCCACGGGGGUAGUGAAGAGAAUACAGGUGGGAGAGGCUUGUAUUCCCAUUUUAUCAACCAGAUAUGACUUUGAGCCACGCGGCAGCGUGUAUGUUAAAGGCAAAGACAAUAUGAAUGUCUAUCUCGUUAUUGGUAAGAAGGAUACGUAGGUAAGGGAACUAUUUCUAAAGAAAUGUAGCAUCUGUGAUUUAACUAUUUAUAUUUAAAUAUAAUAAUAAAUUAAUAAUUGGUGUAUUAUAUAGGAUGUUUUGCUUUAUUUAUUUAUUGCGCGUGUUUAACGGAAUUGUAUGGGAGAAAUACUCUGCGAACUGAAUCAGCUAUUUAUAUUUAUUGUUCGAUCAGAGUUUACGUGACAAUUAUACUAAUAAUCACUAUAUUAUAAUAAUAACUUUUGAAUAAUGAAUAUGCUUGAAACUCAUUAUUGUUUUUUUUAUAUGGUAAUAAUGUUAAGUGCUUGUGUGACCAGUGUUCUAGUCGGCUUUCCUAAACAGGUUUGGAGUAUAUUCAUGUUCGUAUUUAUUUGUAACUAAAUGAACUGAAACAUUUCAAAUUCUAAUCUAUAAACUUUUCAGGUCUAUGUAUAUAUCUGUAUUUUAUAAUUUGUGUUCUGUGCUAUAUGUAUAUAAGAUAUAAUAUACCUUGAUAGAAAAAAUUUAUACAAGUUCUGUAUGAUUAUAGAAUCAUGCAAAACUUCUUGUUUGUAUAAUUAUGAUAUACAUAAAUAGUAUUGGAAUUGAAUAAUAAAAAGAUCGAAUAUUUAAAAGAUAAUAUUAUUUACCUUUGUAGCGAAUAGAUGAUUAAAAUAUUUACAAUGAAGAUAUUUACGCAUAGAUUAGCUUUUCUCGAUCUGUAACAAUUUGUAGGAGUUUAAAAAUAUUAUUUAUAAAUUGUAUAAAAAUGGAUUUGAUGUUUGACUUUUCAUGUUUUUAUUUAUGACAUAUUACUUAAUAUGGUAAUUAAACAAAACGAUUUUAGGGCUCGUUUUAUAUCGAUAUAAAAUAACCUCGAACUUUCUUAUAUCGUUAUAUUUUAAAAUAAACAAUAGCCAGUCAUUAUAUAUGUAUUUAUGUUUAUGGUCAUGAAGUUCUUUCUGUAUUUAAUGUCUCGAGAAAUUCUGCUCUCAAAUAUUUCGUUUCAUAUUCCUUACCUAUACAUACACAUGUAUGGUUACAUAAAAACAGCUUUUAAUAUUCAAUUGCAGUGUGUUGUAUUGAUAGUAUAAUGUGUGAAUUAUAAGCAUUUUUUAUACGACCAUAAAUGUUCAUAAUCUAGGUUUAUAAUUUUAUUUCUGGGAAAUAAUUAAUUUGAUAUAGGUUCAAUUGACAAUAUUCGUAAGGUUAGAAAUCAUUACCGAAGGCACAAAGUAUUAUCUUAAGUCUUUUUUUCUUGUAUCUUUUAAAGAUAUAACAAAAAUAUCGUAUUGACAUUCAUGUCUAUACUGUGAGCCCGUCGAAAAUAAUAUUUUUUAGCAGUUUUGGAAUUUAAUUUUUUCUUGUAACUUUAUCUGUGCCCGUAAACGAAUAAUUAUUUAUUUGAUUUGGAUUGUAGCAUGUAAGGUAAUAUUGAUUCAUAUAAAAUAAUUGAUAAUACCGUAAUCACUUCGUUUUUAGAUCUUAGAAUUAUAAUUGGUAUUUAUCGUUUAAUGCUUAUUAUUUAUUGGUAAUUAAUAUUUAUUUUCUAAAGUAAGGUUAAUAUUUUAGUGAAAUUGAUAUUAGUCAAUGAUAUCUAUAGUUUUUGUUUGUUUGACUAAAAUUUUCUAAUUAAAAAUAGACUAUGAAACAGCACAGA